AAGAUAACCACUGGCAGCCCUUCCCUUCACUGGCAAGAGUAGGUUUCUCCUUCUACUGUCUACAUGUGGCAUUUCAGCCCAGCGACAAAAGCUGACAACAUUGUGUGGAGCAGAAAUUCACCUUGCUGCUUUUUAAAUGUGUAUGGUUAUAUUUGCUCCGAUUUUUGCCAUCUGUGCUUUUGCAACAUGUGGAGGAUAUCAUGGUCAUCUCCAGGUUGAAGUGGACUGUGCAGACAAGAGGAAAAGUAACCUGAGUAUCAACAUUGAUUUUGCCUAUCCUUUCAGAUUAGAACAAGUGCACUUCCGAGCUCCUUUGUGUGAGACAAGCAGAGAGGAGAUCCUCUUCCUGAAUGGGGACUUUUCCACAGCGGCUCAGUUGUUUGUCACUGUUGGUGUUUUUGCUUUUCUGUACUCUUUGCUGGCCACCGUUGUGUAUGUCUUUUACCAGCACAAGUACCUGAAGAACAACAGAGGCCCACUUGUGGAUUUUGUUGUUACAGUCAGCUUCUCCUUCAUGUGGCUGGUCAGUAGUUGCUGUUGGGCCAAAGCUCUUUCUGAUAUCAAGACAGCAGCAAAUCCAACACAGGCACUUCUGCUCAUCUCUGCCUGCAGAACUCCAGAAAACAAAUGCGCAGCUGGCCAAGGGCCACUCUGGUCAAAUCUUAAUACGUCUGUGGUUUUUGGUUUUGUUAAUUUCUUCCUUUGGGCUGGCAACAUUUGGUUUGUCUUUAAAGAGACAGGCUGGUACAAAACUGGUCAGAAAUACCCAACCCGGAGUGCUUCUGGAAAACGCAGCAGCGAAAUGCGGCAGAGGCUCUACAGUGGGAGCAGCUUUGACCAACCAGAGGAGAGUUUUGUGCCACAACCCUCCAGACAAAACAGUUACACUCAGUCAGAAGGGGAUUUUGGUCAGCAAGUCUGCAGACAAGGUAGCUUCAACCAGUCACAGGUCACAUUUAGCUUACCGCAGACAUAUCUCGGAAAUCUUUGUGACAGGGAUAAUAAAUUUGCGUCUAAAGGCCCAAUGAUAUUUGUCAAUGAGAUGUGAUCUUCCUAUUCUGUGUUGUUGUUCGUUGUUAAUCACUGUAGUGUGCAUUACUGGUAAAAUCAUGUUCACACUGUGAUAGCAAUACAAAGUCAUCUCCAGAAAUUACGAUCAUGCACAAAAUAAAAUUGAGUUUUCACUUA